AUGAAACUUUGGCGAGAUAAAGCAAAACAAUCCUCACCUGCCCAACUAACUCAUAAUAUUGUUCCUCUUGAUAUCCAGCAAGUUCCGACGAAGUAAAAGAUGCUGCCUUUCUUUUACAUGCAUCCAAAGCGUAUAGUUUGAUUAAAUUUUCUAAUUCAAGACAGAUAUCGUAGAAGCUUACAUCAUGUUUACCACCUCUGUUGUCUUCGAAAAAUAACAGG